UGCCUGAUUGAUUGAUUGAUUGAUUGAUUUUGUCCUACUCGGUUUCAGCCGUGAUCUCCACAGCUAUGCCCGGAUGACUGGCAUGGCAGACAGCCGACGCGAUGCGGACGUGAGUCCACAACCGCCCCACUUCACUCUCGAAAGAGCCAUCUGUCCCCAGAGGCCUGCCGUUGUCUGGCUUCUAUCUACGACUAUGUACAUUUCGUCUCUAGAAGUGACGUCUUUUGCCUAUGUGUGUGUUCUGCAAACUGUGUUUCUAUGUGUAUGCCGUGCUCAAAGCCUCGUGUGUGUAGCGUUGUUUAAGGCUCGUAGAGGCACAGUUGCCUCAUGCUUUGCGUCUGUGGUACCUUCAGUCUCCCCCUAGCGUUCAGCUAUCGUGUGUGCUAGCUUGCCCUAAUACCCCUAGGGCUCAAAGUAUGUUCCCUAAUCUCUGAUGUUCUUCCAGUGUUGUGAUGCCGUCCACUAGGUUCCUAUGUGGCCGUAUCUUGUGGUGUGACCUGCCACCGGGCACAGCGGCAGCAACAUUUCGUCACAACGCAGUUUCACAGGAGCGAUGCUCCGCUCGUACGUGUCGUCAAGCCUAUUAAGCAUGAGAGCUCUCAUGCGAACCUCCUCAGACCUUGUCAGUGGCACCGAUAGUAGCAUACCAGGUGUCUGUGAGGUAGUUCGCAUGAGAGAUGAUGCCGUUCAGCUCGAGGGCUCGUCGAUGCGGGACGUUGCAGACAUUGUCGGAUGGUGA